CUGCUAAGAUGAAGGGUGUGGUGAAGGAGGCGGACAAUGUGUUUGUGGUGAUGACAGACAAGUACCGGAUCUCGAGGAAUAUAAGAGCGAACUGGUAUUUCGAGCGCAUCCACUCUCAUCUGUCAUUGCAGGCCAACCACUCACUCGAGAGUCUCAACAAUGAGAUCGAUUUGGUGUCCAUUCUUCCGGUCAAUUACCAGCACUACCACGACUUGGGAUCAGAUUCGCAAUACUCGGGCCAAUACUUGAUGACAACGACCACUAAAGUGACGUUUUUCUCGAGAAGAUAUCGGUUGGCGUUUGUCCUCGACUUGAGUCCUUCCAUCUCAUCAGUGGACAUUCAAAGGAGUAGAAUAUUAUUGGACGAAGUCUUCACAUCAAUGGCCGCCUGUUUGCGAGGACUCGUCCAACCCUUUUACAUCCCGGGGUCUCAACUGCUGUUCGCACCCAAACUCUUCGUGACUGUCAUCGCAUACAUACCUUUCUAUAGCUGUGAUAGCCAUCAGGUGUUGGCUCAGGGAUGGGAACUAACGCACGACAAUAUCGAGUCAUUUCUGACACAUUUGCGCUCAAAUCUGUCGGAUAUAAUCGCUUCGGUGUCGGAAAUAUCGGCAAAAGCUAAGGACGAGCGCGACGAAGAGGAACAGUCAGAAUCGGAUGCAUUGAUUGGUUCGCUGUUUGAUGAGAAGGAGACAAAGAGUCGAUCUGUUCCUACAUUGUUGGCCACUCCCGACAUAUCGAUGGUUAAUAUGUUGAGGUUUGGGUUAUUAGCCCUUCAGCUCCUGCCCGACAACAGUAGCCCCGGAAUAGUGAUCGUAACGGACGGCAUGUUUAGUCUGCCGAACGCCAACACAUUGGAGUCGGCACUGACCCAACUCAGGCACCGCACCAUUUCCUGUUCAUUCAUCCAAACGGGUAGUUCAGCGCAUCCACACUCAGCCCUGGGGUUCAUCCCCUACACCGACCUCAUGAAGUUCAUAUCGACCGCCACUUUCGGGGCCUAUUUGUCCGCUUGUCCUCAACUCACGCCAGCCGAUGGCGAUGGAAAGCAUGCCUUCAAUCUAUAUCACAGAGCAUUCUUCGCCUGGAAUUUUCAAAGAGGUUUGUUUGGCUUCAGAGCUGACAUUAACUACAAACAAAUGGCAAACAAUUCCGCGCGUGAAUGGGCUGUUGAGUGA